AUGCAGGAGGAGGAAAGCACCCAGACAGGCUCGCAGCGGGCCUUCAGCGUCCUGGAUCGCCUGCUGCUCACUCACCCCGUGUGGCUGCAGCUGUCGCUCAACCAAGACUCCGCCCUGUAUGUGCUGCUCAGAGAGCCCGUUGGGACCUUUUUGGUGCGGAAGUGCAGCUCCAGCCAGAGGAAGGUGCUGUGUUUGAGAGUGGCAGCCGACCGGAGUGCCUCCUCUGUCAAGGAGUGCUUCAUCUGUGAGGAGGACUCCACGUUCGCCUUGGAGAGCUCAGCACUCAGCUUUCCGGACUUGUGUCGUCUGGUGGCCUUCUACUGUAUCAGCAGAGAUGUACUGCCGUUCCCUCUUCAGCUACCAGAGGCCAUCGCCAAAGCCACAACACACCGGCAGCUGGAAGCCAUCUCACACAUGGGGCAGGAUUUCUGGAGUGCACCAAGCGCUGUAGACAUCCAAAAUGGCCCUCUGGGGUCCAUUGCAUCCACCAGCGGCGCCAAUGCCCAAAUGGCGGGAACUCAAGACCGAUGUUCCCUGUUCAUGCGAGGCAAACAAGGCAAGGUCUGCUUCAUCAACCCCCUGUUUCUUCAGCUGGAGGUUUGCAAGCAGCCGCAGCACACGAACCACAGCGCCUCCAACAAGCGGCACCGCUUCAAGCGCAGCAUGCGUCUCCGGCUCUCGGAGUCCUCCAUGAAUCUGUCCCUCGAAGGGGUCGGCUCCUUCUCGCCGCCCCCGUCACUGGAGCAGCCCGGAGGAUCGGAGGGGCUGCAGAAAGCCAGCCCAAAUCCACAGAGACGAGUUCACGCAGGGGCCGGUGUCCUGAGGAGAACCCCCGCCGUGUCGCCGGGCUCAGCAGAGGAAGACGACAUGAUGGCCAUAUAUGUGCCACAGACAUCUGCUGCUGCUGCUGCUGCUGACGAGACACCCAAGUUCCAGCAAGAGGCGGGAAUCGAGGGAACGGUUCUGGGCUUGGAGCGCCGUCCGGCUCCGUCCCUGGCUGAACUUGACAGCUGCAGCUCCUUCAGCAGCAUGGACGACGAACACGACUCCGAUUCAGAACCCGAAAGCAUGGCCCAAAUCCAGACAAACACCUUCCACCGCCCGCCGCUCGUCCGCUCCCGAGGCCGCGGCGGGAUGCAUCGCAUGAGCGAAGCUUUCGUGUGCUUUUUCGCGCCCGACAAGCGCCUGACCCGGCUGGUGGAGGAGCUGGCCCGAGACAGGCGCUCGGUGUUCGGGGGCAUGGUUCAGGACUUCCUCCAGGAACAGAGGAAGGUGCUGAAAAGUUUGCUAAGCUCCGCGUCACCGUCUCUCGGUGUAACUUCGGUGCAGCUUCUGCAAAGUCUGCGCCUCUUCCUGUCGCAGGCGAAGUGUUGCUUGCUGGACAGCAGAGAACUGGAGCCUCCCAUUGAAACCCUAGUGCCAGAAAACGAGAAAGACCUGGCGUUGGAGCGGGCCAUGUUCUCCUGCAUCCUCAGGCCUUUGAAGUGCCACCUCGAGAAAGCCCUGACCUCUUUCCACAGUCGCGACGGCUCCACCCAGUGCCUCACGCAGAACCUGCUCCGCCUGAAAGGGAACGGCGCCAUGGAGCGGCUCGGCGUGCGUACGGGGGUCCCGGACGCCCGAGAGGUGGAGAGGGUGAAGCAGAAGCUGAUCCUGAUGCAGCGGACCCACUCGCCCAUCGACAAAGUGCUCUUGCUGCUCCAAGUGUGCAAGUUCGUCCACAAGGCAAUGGGGACGUUACACGGACAGGACGUCAGCUGGGAUGAUUUCCUCCCUGCUCUGUCCUAUGUGAUAGUUGAAUGUAACAGGCCUCACCUGCUGGUGGAGGUGGAGUACAUGAUGGAGCUGCUGGAGCCCUCGUGGCUCGGUGGAGAAGGUGGGUACUACCUGACCAGCGUCUAUGCUAGCCUGUGUCUGAUCCAGAGCCUGGAGCAGGAUCAACCGUUCUCCGGCUGCCUGACGCCACAAGUGCAGGAAGCCCUGAAGGAGUGGAGCUGCAGACGGACCCUGGAGGCCCAGAAACAAAAGGAGACCCAGCAGAGCCAAAGGUGCGUUCGGAUACUGUUCCAGGACGGGGAGCGGAGCGCCGUGCGGACGUUGCAGUGGAGAGCCGGCGAGACCAGCCAGGCCCUGGCACAGCUGUGCGCCUCCACCUUCGGAGUGUCCGACCCACAGCAAUACACACUGUUCUGGCGCAGCGGCGGCGAGAUGAGGGCCCUGCCGCCCCAGGCCCAGCCCCAGGACCUGGCCAGCCACAGCGAGGGAGGGCCCUCGCUCUCCUACCUGAGGACCGACCACGACUUCAGCAAGAUGCGGCGGCUCACCAGAGGUGGUGCCGUGGACCUGAGCGAGUCGGUGUGCGAGGAGUGAGUGGGAGGCACAGAGGAAGCAGCAGGAGGAGGAGGAGGAGGAGAUGGAUGGAUGGAUGGUGGGUGUUUUUCUCUGUCUCUUACUCUCUCUCUCUGUGUCUCCUCUCUCCGGCGGUGCGCUGUGCCUCGUCACGGGUCGGGACUCGUCGUGAAAAGCGACGGUCCUGAUCCUCCGUCCUGAUCCUGAACGGACCAGAGCAAAAAGCAGAGACAACUUGCUGAGAGUUGUUGUGCCGCGCAUUGAGGCCGCUUGUGUUAAAAGGAGUGUGCUAUUUUGUGACAUGGAAAAUGUGUAAUAAAUGGAUUUGAUUGUUUCUUUUUUUGUUUUUUUUUUCCUGCAACAUGAACCCAGAGUUGUACCAUGAAGAGAUUACAUCAUUAAGAGACGCCGAGGCUCGAAUCCAAAGAACACAAAUUCUGAGAGACUACUGUUGCCUGGAAACAAAAAACCACUUCCUGUACGCACUUAGGGAGGCAAAUUGUCCACCGUGGUGAUGUAACCCUUUCACAUUGUAAGUCUGGGCUAAGUCUUAAAGACACUUGGAUGUAUUAUUGCUUCACUUUCUGUGCAAAAAAAAAACUGCAGAUGUUUCUCGACCUUUCUGUGGUUCCCUGAAACGUGGCCUCGCAAAAAAGAAAGUGAGAUGUGUUGCGGACAAGACCGAACUGCAGUACCAAAGUGACAGAACAUGCAUCAUCAGGGUUUUUGAAAGAAGUGAGAUUUGAAAUCAGCUGUGCAUAAGAGUCUCCCACAGAGGUGGCUUUAUGCUUGCCUGCUGGAGCGAAGGCACAGACUCCCCUCCUUGUUUUCAGUUUCUCACAUGGGUUUUUUUUUUUGCUGGUGGAAUAACGAGAAAGUGGGAGGAAGGUGGCAGAAAAGCUUCAGUUUUUUUUUCUUAUUUUUUAUUUUUAAGAUCCUCUCCACACUAACCUGGAUAUUUUUUGCCAAACUAAUAUUUUGUCUUCUUCUUUUGCAUCUCUUUGCUAGGGAAAGGUAAUAUGGACCUAAAAUUUUAUAACAAUUUCUUAAAUUUGCUGCAAUAAUGAUAAUGGUAAAGAAACAGUUAAACAUUCCUGACAGGCUUUUUCCCUAAUUCAUUGCACCGGUAGGUAGUAAGGCAACAAUACAAUUAAAUACCACACAGUGUUUGUGUUCAAUAAUUUACUUCUUUUUAAUAUUUUGUCAUUUAUCAACACUCAUGCAACCAACCGUGGAAAGUAUGGAAAAGUUAUAAUCCGAAGCAUGCCGUCUCUUUUUGAGGUAUGCGAACAUUGGCAUUCGUUGUUUUCACCUUAAAUCACAAUUCUUAACUUGACAUUUUUCCCUUUGAUACCAAUAAAUAAAUACAACAACAGCCCAUUCCAGUCCCAUCAUGUUUUGGGAAAACAACAGAGAAUUUGAACGUGACUCAUUAAAGUGCAGAGUUUUAGAAACUGGUCUACCUAUGCUGGUGUUUGAAUCUCACUUUGCACACGUCCCUGUUUGGGUUUCUGUGAUUGAAAUGAGUGGAAUAGUUUAUGGGAGAACCUUAAAGGCAAGAACGUACUCUGCAGGAGAUUUGUUCUCUCUCCCAAAAAAGAUGACUUCUUUCUUUUUCUUGCUGUUUCUUCUUGACGCGACAUCUAUGACGAACUUCUUGUCCCGUAUAAUGUCUGAGAGCUAUUAAGUGAUUGGUCAGAAAUCCAAAGUGGGUAUGGUUAAUUGGGAAAAGGAGAAAUGUAGAUAUGUCUACUUCUCCCAAGUGUGGACUUCUGCAGUUGAAAUCAUUGGGGGAGAAUGAUAGAAGCCGAUUCACGCUUCACAAGAAACAAAAAAUAAUAACUUCACCCAAGAUGGCAGGAUCAAGAACAACUUUCUUUCUUGGUCUGGAAAUGGCAUCCUCAUCAAACCACUUGAUAAGUCCACACCAGCAGAAGUGUUGCUUUGCACUGACAAUGCCCAUUUCAAAUUUCUGGCCAAGUGCCGAACUUCAGAGAAGUUUAAAGAAACGUUUAGAGAAAUUUCUUUCCUCUCCUAGGGUUUCAGGAAAUCAAUAAUUAAAUUAUUUUUCUGCAGCCCUGGAGUUCUUACAGCUUGUUCUCAAUUGUUUGGGCAGAAUUUUGUUUCCUACUUUGGUGACUAUUGGUCAGAAGUUUGCAGUAGUCAAUACACUUGACUUCCUGGAAAGUUCUGCACUUCAGUGUCUUGUGAAGUAUGAAAUGUAAACAGUUAUUUUUCUUUCUAAAUUUAUUAACCGAACAAAUUUAUCAUGUCUUACAGAGACCUUUAGCCUAGCACUUCUUUAGCCAUGCUCAGGAUCUCCUUCUUUUGAUUUUUCUGAUAAUUACAUUAUUGCCACCUGCUGGUGAAAUCUUGACAUUACAACCUUGUUAAUGGGUUAGAAAAUGGUGAAAGUUGUAACUGGGGCCAAAAUUUUAUCAGGGAGGGGAAAAAAACCCCAAUCUGCAACAAAUUGAUCAACUUACUGACUGACUUGCGAAUGUAUUAAAUAAUAUUUUCCUGCAUUCAUUCCAUUUAAAAAAAAAAUGCUCUGAGUUGUGUUGUUUCUCUUGGCCCAAGUGUAAGAUGAAGUGUUGUGUUCUGACAAACAAAUCAGGACCUCAUGAGGACUGGAAGAAUGUAAAUGUCCUCGUCACACCAGCUUCUGGGACUCCUGCUGCAAGUCAUCAACGUCAACAGACUGUUUGACUCAGUGUCACUUUCAAAUAUAUAUAUAUCUAUCAUAUUGUGAAUUUAAAGCUAAAAUUGAAAUUGUUCAGUUUGUUGUGUGGAUAUGAAAGUGCAGAUUUUCAACAUAUCUGGAGUUUUUAAUCCGACUGAGAAGGUUUGUUUUUGAGAGCUAUGAUGUGAACAUUGUUGCAUGCUUUCUCAUUCAACGUGAAGAUUGAUUUAUGUGUGUAUGCGUGUGUGUGUGUGUGUGCGUGCGUGUGUGUGUUUGAAGCAUGUGUUUACUGUGGGAGCUCACCGAUUUUUUUCAAUGUAAAAAAAAAAAAAGCAACACACACACGACUGUAUUUUGUCAGGCAAUGCAGUAUCGCAAUAAAGAUUGCAAUAUCUGUA